GGUUUGACCUGCUAUGGCUUCUCACUUAGAGCUUUGCCUUCCCGCGCCAGACUGGGUGGAGCGCCUGGUCCUGUGGGACCCCUGGCAAGCUGUCAUUGCCGGUGACCCCUGAGUGGCUCUUUACUUCACCCCUUUUGGAAGACUCUUCCAGGCAGGGAAACCGAGGCCAAGUGGGGGCGGGGCGUGCGCCCAUUGGCCCAAGCACGGCCCCGCCCCCAGCCAGCCUGGGCAGCCUGGGAACCGCAGCCCGCAGCCUUGCAAGCCUCCGAGCCAUGGCGUGCGCCGGGCUGCUCACUGUGUGCCUGCUCGGGCCACCUGCCCCCCAGCCGCCGCAACACUCUGCGCCUGCCGCGGGACACGCGCUUUUCCAGGACGUUUUCCGCAGAGCAGACAAGAAUGAUGAUGGUAAACUCUCAUUUGAAGAAUUCCAGAAUUACUUUGCCGAUGGGGUUCUCAGCUCAGCAGAGCUUCGGGAACUGUUCAACGGCAUCGAUGGGCAUCUCACCGACAAUUUAGAAACAGAGAAACUGUGUGACUAUUUUUCCAAACACCUGGGUGUCUAUCGGCCUGUCCUGGCUGCCCUGGAGUCACUGAACCGCGCUGUGCUCAUGGCCAUGGACACUACAAAGCUGGAGUAUGAACAGGCUUCCAAGGUGGACCAGUUUGUCACACGAUUCCUACUUCGUGAAACUGUGAGCCAGCUACAAGCCCUGCAGAGCUCACUGGAGGGGGCGUCUGACACUCUGGAGACCCAGGCCCACGGUCAGCGGUUGGAUGACGAAAAUAUAAAAGUGCAGAGUAGGUUCCGUGGUAGCCGGCGGGCAUGUCGCAGGGCCCUAAGGAGCAUCAGUUGGUCACCAACCUGGUCUCCUGGAUCCACUGAUACAGGGUGGAGUUCAGAGGCUGAGCUGCAGUGGCAGCUGCAGGUCAACCGCCUCCAGGAGCUCAUAGACCAGCUUGAGUGCAAGGCACCCCGGCUGGAACCCCUGCAUGAAGAGGACCUUGCCAAGGGUCCUGACUCGCACAUCCUUGUGGCACAGAGGCAAGUGCAGGUGGCAGAGGAUGCCCUGCAGGAUUUUCACCGUGCCCUGUGCUGCUACAUGAACUUUACAGGAGCCCAGAGCCAUUGCCUGCAUGUGUCUGCCCAGAAGAUGUUAGACAGCGCUGCUUUCGCCCUGUAUGAGUUCUGGCAGGAUGAAGCCUCCUGGAGAAGGCACCAGCAGUCGCCCUGCAGCAAGGCCUUCCAGCGCACCCUCAUCGACCACCUGCGCGCCCCGGACACACUCACCACGGUGUUCUUCCCAGCCUCCUGGUGGACUAUGAAUAAUAACUGAGCCAGCUCUGCUUAAGCUGCAGCCCUGCCUAUCACUCUAGAGCCUUCUGCACUGGUCAACUCUACACUAAGACCAAGGAAUCUGUCUGUUCCCAGGCUAAAGGCCUGGACAGCUGGUAUAGGGUCUCAGCCCAGGGAUCAGGAGCUGGGCUGCUUGCUUUGUUUGUUUCACUGUUUGUAGCUGCCAGGCAUCUGAGCUUCUGUCUGAUUCGGAAAGCCCAGAUUCUGGUCCCCCUUUCCUCUCCCUUGCUGUGUGACACAGGCAGAGCCCUUCCCUCUCUGGCUACCUAGGGGUGUCCUGCUUUCUGCCUGCUCCUUUGGGGGUUAGGUUUCUGUUUUUCCUCAACUAGUGGCAGAACCAGGGCUGAUGCUCAGGGACCCACUCUCGAACCCUGGAACCUUGACCCCUCAGGCUAGGCCAUCUCAGCCUGUAGUAUAGAGACCUGGGUGUCCAUCACCCUUCUAGCUCAGCCCUAGAAUUUCUAGCAUCAGUGGCUGUACCGGAGACCUCUGGAGGAUCCUGGGUUGGUUUGCAUGUCAUCUGCAUAUCAUUUGCAUGCUCUCACCCCACCCAUUCUCAGGGCACAAUGGGAAGGCCCAAGAAGACCUUGCAGAGUAGCAAUAAUUUGGGCAUAGAAUUGCCUGCUGCCCCCAGAGAUCUCUGAACCCCAGCCUGGGAUCCUAGCACAGAGGCAAUAAAGUUGGUAGUCACCUGUGGUGU